UCCCGUCCCUCCCUGCAGACUGCGUCCCUGCGCCUUGGAUCUGCCGCCGGGAUCGCUCCCUUCUCCGGAGUUUUUGGGUCCCGUACUGUGCGGCUGUAGGAUGAAGCCAAAGGAAGACGCUGGAUCUUUUUGCACUCCGGAAAUGGUGUUGGUGUCGUUUGAAGACGUAGCUGUGGAUUUCACCCGGCAAGAGUGGCAGAGGCUGGACGCUGCCCAGCGAACCCUCUACAGGGAUGUGAUGCUGGAGAAUUACAGCAGCCUGCUGUUCUUGGGGCACUGUAUGACCAAACCAGAGCUGAUCCUCAACUUGGAGCAUGGAUUUGCACCGUGGAGUGUAGCAGGAGGCGCCGUUCAGAGACGUCCAGAAUUAAAAUUUCGACAGAAGAGCCACUGUAUGAAACCUUAUGAAUGUAAACAAUGCCUGAAAGCUGUCUGUCACAAAUCACACCUCUCUGAGCCUCAGAGAAAUUGUACAGAUGGUGAGACAUAUGCAUGUGGAAAAACUAUCUACCAGAAGUCAAAACACAGUCUUUGUCAGAGAAUUCACAGAGAUGAAAAGCUAUAUAAAGGUAACAAAGGUAGACAAGUUUUCUCCCGGAAGUCUCAGCUCAGUUUGCCUCAAAGAGUCUGUACUGGUAAGAAUCUGUCUGAAAGUAAUGAAUGUGAGAAAACUGUCCAUUGGAAGACACAACGCCCUGUGCAUCAAAUAACUCACACAGGUGAGAAGCCAUACAAAUGUAAUGAAUGUGGGAAAGCUUUCUGCUGGAAGUCAGAACUCAUGAGGCAUCAGAGAAGUCAUACAGGUGAAAAGCCAUAUGAAUGUAAUGAAUGUGGUAAAGCUUUCAUCCAGAAGUCUGAACUCACUGUGCACCAGAGAACUCAUACAGGCAAGAAGCCAUAUGAAUGUGAUGAAUGUGGGAAAGCUUUCUUCAGGAAGUCUCAACUCACAGUACAUAAGAGGACUCAUGCAGGCGAGAAUCCUUACGAAUGUCAUGAAUGCGGGAAGGAUUUCUUCUGGAAGUCAGAACUCAUUAGACAUCAGAGAACUCAUACAGGUGAGAAACCAUAUAAAUGUAAUCAAUGUGGAAAAGCUUUUGUCCAGAAAUCUUAUGUUACUGUGCAUCAGAGAAUGCAUACAGGUGAGAAUCCAUACAAAUGUACUGAAUGCAAGAAAUCUUUCUGCUGGAAGUCACAACUCACUGUGCAUCAAAGAAGUCAUAUAGAUAAAAGCCAUUUGAAUGUGGGAAAGCUUUCUGCUGGCAUUAAAGAACUCAUAUAGAUAUGAAUAUAGAACUCAUCGACAUGAAUAAAGAACUCUUAUAGAUAUGAAUGUGAUGGAUAUGGUGAAGCUUUCUUCUCCAAGUCAUACCUGUACAUCUCUUUUAGCCAGUGUUGAUAAGUUGACAGCUGGAAGACUUCAGCCAUGACAGCUAAAUAUGUUUCAAACACUUCAGAUAAAUUUGAUUACAUUUGAUCUGUAGUUAUGCAAUCUGGUGAGAAUGUAUGGCUUUAUAACCCUUAAUAGCCAAUGGGAAAUGUGUCUAUGUCUAUAAGCAGCACUCCUCACUUUGGAAGGACAGUUCAUUAGACAGGCUCUCAUAAUGCAGGUAAAUUUGAGAAUAGCAAAUGUGAAUAUGCAAUGAAGAAAAAAAGAAGGGCUGAAGAGAUGGCUUAUCAGGUAAGGCACUUGUCUGUGAAGCCUAAGGACCCAGGUUCAAAUCCUCAUGAAGCCAUGCACAAGUUGGCACUUGUGUCUGGAGUUCCUUUGCAGUAGCUGGAGGCCUUGGGCUGUGUUUUAGUAAAUAAAUAAAAUAAAUAAAAUAUUUUUUUAAAAAUAAGUGAACUUCACUUAAUGCUGGGAUAUAAUGUAUGUAACUGUG